AAUAAUAUGUCUGAUUUAAAAAAGAUGAUGCGACUAAGACAAAAACAUGUGCCAGAGGGAUUCUCGCACCUAACUGAAGAUACAGUGUGCCGUAUCGACGAAAACCAUCAUGUCAUUGGCGUCCUAUAUUUGGAGAAAAAUUUAUUGACUAUGUGCACGAUGAACGAGAGUACGGGCCAGAUGCUGGCCGCCAGGCUGCCCGAUUUCACGGAGCUGGUCCGACAAGCUAUCGGUGAAAUAGACGUGUUAGAGGAGCUGGUAGCGUAUCGUAUCGAGACUCGGAACGUAGAACUGCUAGUAGCGCCCGCGUGCCACUGCACUGCCGUUGUGCUGCAUAAGAGGAAACCGAACAAGCGAUCAUAAUCCUAUCCUAUCUCUAUCA